UUGAAGCUUUGUGUGCAUUCUUGUUGCAAGGAGAAAAAGGGCUUCGGGGGAUUUGAGAUUAGCCGAGCAGUAUGAGAAAGGGGAGAUUUCGCAAGGAAGAGGGCGCUCUUUGAACCUUCUUCCAAGGGUGAUUUGAUACGCUUUGUUUCCAUGGAGAUGCUAUAAGCUUUCUUUCAGGGAAGAAAGCUAAGAGGAUCGUUGCGGAGACACAACGUCCCUGCUAAGUAUAUUCCGAGGUUUGCUCGAAGAGGAAGAGGAAAGGUGUAGGCUUUUGUCUUCCGUUGUAGUGGAAAAAGGAACCACAUUUGUGUUGGAAGGGUCACAAACGACAAGAAGCGUAGGUUGUAGCGGUAGUGGUGGUAUAGGUAGGAGGACGAGGCGGUGGCUGGCGUCGAUCAGAGAGAGUAAAAGGAGGCGGCUUUCUGCUGAGAGAGGGGAGAUGGGGUGUUGCCACUCGAGGCUCGAGAGGAAGGAAGUGGUGUCGCGGUGCAAAGCACGGCGGCGAUACAUGAAGCAGCUCGUGCUGGGGCGGCGGGCCUUUGCCGCUGCGCACUCCGUCUACCUCCGAUCCCUCCGCGCCACUGGCGCCGCCCUCCUCCAGUUCGCCAAUGCCGAGACCCAUCUCGACCUCGUCCACCACCACCUGCCUCCCUUCCCCUCUCCUUCCCCGUCCCCACCACCCCCACCCUCCCCUCCGCCUCCUCCCCCUCCCCCACCUCCCCCUCCGCCGCCGCCGCCGCGGCCAUCAGCUCCCCCUUCGUCGCAUCCACCAAUGAGCCCGAGCUCCGACAACUGGACUUCCUCGGUCACCGCCUCCCCGAUCCUUCCCCCCCCGCCUCCGCCGCCGCUUUCUUCGAGCUGGGAUUUCUGGGACCCCUUCGUCCCGCGCUCCUCUUGCUCGGCUACGGAAGAGGAGUGGGAGGAAGUCACCACCACCGUCUCGGAAGUCACCGCGGCACCCGCCGUGGUGCCCCCGCCAUCAGUGGUCAGCGGCUACUCGAAGGAAUCGACCAGUGAGCUUGCCAUGGUGGUCGUCCCAAGGGGCAAGAAAGAUCUCUCCGAGAUAGUUAAGGAGCUCGAUGAGUACUUCCUCAAGGCCACGGAGGCCGGAAGUCGUGUUUCACUCACACUGGAAGCUCCCAACAGUGAUUUCUCCUCCAACCAGGGGCUCUCAGCAAAGAUGAGUAGCUACGGCAAGAACUUGAACCCCUUGAAUUGGUCUUGGAGAUCCGACUCAAAGACUAAUGGUGGUUUCACCAGGUUUGGGAGUUGCAGAGGUGAGAUGGUUAGGGGCUUUGGAAGUGGGGUUGGAGCUGGAAUCGGGAAUGUGAGCCACACCUCCACUGUGGAGAAGCUCUAUGCUUGGGAGAAGAAGCUGUUCCUUGAAGUCAAGAAUGCUGAGAUGAUCCGGGGGGAGCAUGAGAAGAGGGUGGCAUUAUUGAGGAAGCAAGAGGUCAGAGGAGUGGACUAUGUAAAGAUGGAGAAGAACAAGAUGGAGAUUGAGAGGCUGGAGUCCAAGAUGAUGGUAGCCUCCCAGGCCAUAGAGACCACCACCUCUGAGAUCAUUAAGUUGAGGGAGUCUGAGCUCUUCCCUCAGCUUCUUGAACUGCUUACUGGUUUGAUGAGCAUGUGGAGGAGCAUGUAUGAGUGCCAUCAGGUGCAGACACACAUUGUUCAGCAACUGAAGUACUUGAACUGUGCACUGAACUCUCAUCCCACAAGCAACAUCCAUCGGCAGGCUGCUCUCCAGCUCGAGCUGGAGGUGGAGAACUGGUACUCUGCAUUCUGCAGCCUCGUCAACUCCCAGAGAGAGUAUGUACAUGCUCUCACGGGGUGGCUCCGCCUCUCUCUCUUCCAGUGCCACCAUGAUUCUCUCGCUCAAAGCCGGCAGAACCCAGAGAUCUACUCGCUGUGCGAAGAGUGGCAACUCGCACUUGAUCGAAUUCCAGACAAGGUGGCCUCGGAGGGGAUCAAAAGCUUCCUAACUGUGAUCCAUGCUGUUGUCAUGCAGCAAACGGAGGAGCAGAAGCAGAAGAAAAGGUCGGAGGUAGCAUUUAGGGAGCUUGAGAAGAGAGCCGAAGAGCUGAGAUCACUGGAGUCCAAGUUUGGCCCCUAUUCGACAACCGAAGGUCACGGCGGCAUGGCACAAAGAUCUCCGGUGUUGGAGAAGCGAGCCAAGGUGGAAGCUCUGAAGGCGAAGGCAGAGGAAGAGAAGAGCAAGUACGAGAAGAGUGUAGGGGUGACGAGAGCAAUGACACUGAACAACUUGCAGACAGGUUUUCCCAACGUCUUCCAGGCAAUGACUGGCUUUGCCAGCGUGUGCAUGCAGGUCUUCGAGUCGGUGUAUAACCACCAGAGGAGUUUGGACCGUGUGCUCGAUGCGAAGAGGCUUCUUCCUGGAGAACACUGGAUACAAGUACAUUGUACAAGUGACUCGAGUUCUUGUGUGAGCCUAAUCCAUAAUUUGCUUGCGGAUCCUAAGAAAGGAACACAGCAGUAUCUGUUCCAUAUGGAAAGGUCUGCAAAGAUAGAGAUCGCGCAGAAGAUGAAGGAUGACCAUCCAGUGUUUGUCAUAUGUAGGUUGGUUGGUAGAUCAAUGCUUGCGAUGGAAGGAACUGCGGAGACAGUUUUGCAGGGCCUAACCAUCCCACCAAGCCCGCACUGUGGACUGCUCGGUGGGAAGGGGCAGGAGGAGGAGAUGAGUGCGUCCAGGUUUAUAAAGUGCGUCACGGUGGGGGACGGCGCCGUCGGCAAGACCUGCAUGCUCAUAUCGUACACCAGCAACACAUUCCCCACGGAUUAUGUCCCUACCGUGUUUGACAAUUUCAGUGCAAAUGUAGUGGUUGACGGGAACACAGUUAAUCUAGGUUUGUGGGAUACUGCAGGUCAAGAGGACUACAACAGGCUAAGACCUUUGAGCUAUCGAGGUGCAGAUGUUUUUUUGCUGGCCUUCUCUCUCAUAAGUAAAGCUAGCUAUGAAAAUGUGGCUAAGAAGUGGAUUCCUGAACUGAAGCACUAUGCCCCAGGUGUGCCUAUAAUUCUUGUUGGAACAAAGCUUGAUCUCCGCGAUGAUGACCAGUUCUUCAUAGAUCACCCUAGCGCUGUACCAAUUAGUACUGCUCAGGGGGAAGAGUUGAGGAAGCUAAUUGGUGCUCCUGCCUACGUCGAGUGCAGUUCAAAGACCCAGCAAAACGUCAAGGCAGUUUUCGAUGCGGCCAUUAAAGUGGUUCUUCAACCACCCAAGCAGAAGAAAAAGAAAAGAAAGUCGCAGAUGGGCUGCUACAUCAUGUGAAUAUUAUGCACAUGGAAAAGAAUAUGACACACUGGCCAUCCUUUCUUGUGGCGUCUCACUCCAUGUAACCCAUCAGGUCAUUCGGUUCCCCUUCUCUUGUUUGUGUCAUGACUUGUUGAGCAUCUACCUCCUCCUGUUGUCCCAUGCACGUCGAAGAUAGAUGGAAGCUUCGAGUCCACUUGACUUACGAACAUGUCGAACUUGGUUUUGUACCUCAAUCAAAGUAUGCACAAAAGGCUUGUUUACGGUGUGCAGUGUGUUGUGCAAAUCAUUAGAAUC